GGACGUAUCGCAAAUGGACCCGGAAGUGCUGAGUUGACUGACUGGACUUCCGGUUAGGGAAGAUGGAGACUUUGCACCGGCUUCGGCAGUUUGAUGCUUAUCCCAAGACUCUGGAGGACUUCCGAGUGAAGACAUGCGGCGGGGCCGUAGUUACCGUGAUUAGUGGUCUUAUAAUGCUGAUUUUGUUUUUCUCUGAGCUCCAGUAUUUUCUCACUAAAGAGGUGUACCCUGAACUAUUUGUCGAUAAAACUAGAGGAGACAAGUUAAAAAUCAAUAUUGAUAUUGUAUUUCCACAUAUGCCUUGUGCUUAUUUGAGCAUAGAUGCCAUGGAUGUAGCUGGUGAGCAGCAACUCGAUGUCGAGCACAAUCUGUUCAAACGGCGACUGGGAAAAGAUGGAAAAGAAGUAUCGUCAGAAGUAGAAAGGCAUGAUCUAGGAAAAACGGAGGAGCAUGUAGUGUUUGAUCCAAAAACUUUAGAUCCUGAUCGAUGUGAAAGCUGCUAUGGUGCAGAGACUGACGAUAUCAGGUGUUGUAACACAUGUGAUGAUGUGCGGGAGGCCUAUCGCCGGAAGGGGUGGGCGUUCAAAACGCCAGAUUCCAUAGAACAGUGUAAAAGGGAGGGCUUCAGUCAGAAGAUGCAGGAGCAGAAAGAUGAGGGCUGUGAGUUAUACGGAUUCCUGGAAGUCAAUAAGGUGGCUGGAAACUUCCAUUUUGCUCCUGGGAAAAGCUUCCAGCAGUCUCACGUUCACGUCCACGACUUGCAGAGUUUUGGACUUGACAACAUCAAUAUGACACAUAAGAUCAAACAUUUGUCAUUUGGGAGGGAUUAUCCAGGUUUAGUGAACCCUCUUGAUGGAACAAGUGUGACUGCUGUGCAAUCCUCCAUGAUGUUUCAGUACUUUGUGAAAAUUGUUCCUACCGUAUAUGUACAAAUCGAUGGAGAGGUAUUGCGAACCAAUCAGUUUUCAGUGACCAGGCACGAAAAAAUUGCCAGUGGUCUGAUUGGUGAUCAGGGAUUGCCCGGUGUGUUUGUGUUGUAUGAGUUGUCUCCAAUGAUGGUAAAACUCACAGAGAAGCACAGAUCACUGACCCAUUUUCUAACUGGAGUGUGCGCCAUAAUUGGAGGAGUAUUUACAGUUGCGGGCCUCAUUGACUCUCUUAUCUAUUACUCCACACGUGCCAUUCAAAAGAAGAUUGAACUCGGGAAAACAACAUAAAGGAAAAUUGUCUUCCAUCCCCAGCAACAGACCAGAGACUUGCCAGAUUGCUCAUUUGUUUACAGACGGGUAACUUUACUGACACAGAAUGUGUGCAUUUGGACACACGCCACAUUGUCCUUAUGAGAAAUCUACCAAGAAAUAUAUUUUCUAUUGGUCACAAGUUGGAGCCAGCAUUGUUUCGCACAGAAAUUUAUCAUUUAAAUUUUAUAAUUUAAAUUAGGGUGACAUCUUGGCAGCCGUGAGGCACUUGUGCAGUUUUUCAUUUUAAUCUUCCUUUGCGGUGUCCCAAAAUGAAAGGUGAUGGUGUUUACCAAACAAUCUGGCUGGUCCACAACAUUUCUUGGUUGAAGAAUAGGACUGGAGUUCUCUUUCAGCCAGACCACACAGGUCACCAGCAGAGGACUGUGGGCUUGUGGCACAUCAGACACUGUAUGCAGGUUUGCAUUCUGUUGGAUCAUAAAAAGGAAGAAAUCAAUUGCUCUACAAUGAUCUAAUGAAGUAUGGUUGGCAGUAUCCCUGACCAGUAAAAUAUUCAGGAAUUUUUAAAAAAA